CUCUCUGAGUGAAGACACAGAGGUGAUGAGAUCGGGUAACCCACAGGCGCCCGAGCCCCAGCCGCGCAAGCUCACGAUUGGGCCAGAAGUGAGGAUGAACAAGCAUUUAGCCCAAUAGAAAGUCGUAGUUCUCUUGCUGGGCGUGGCUUGAAUGACUUCGGUGGCCUCCUCCUGGGAGGGAGCUGAAGCCGCUCGCAAGACUCCCGUAGUCCCCACCUCUCUCAGCUUCCGGCUGGUAGUAGUUCCGCUUCCUGUCCGACUGUGGUGUCUUUGCUGAGGGUCACAUUGAGCUGCAGGUUGAAUCCGGGGUGCCUUUAGGAUUCAGCACCAUGGCGGAAGACAUGGAGACCAAAAUCAAGAACUACAAGACUGCCCCUUUUGACAGCCGCUUCCCCAACCAGAACCAGACUAGAAACUGCUGGCAGAACUACCUGGACUUCCACCGCUGUCAGAAGGCAAUGACCGCUAAAGGAGGCGAUAUCUCUGUGUGCGAAUGGUACCAGCGUGUGUACCAGUCCCUCUGCCCCACAUCCUGGGUCACAGACUGGGAUGAGCAACGGGCUGAAGGCACGUUUCCCGGGAAGAUCUGAACUGGCUGCAUCUCCCUUUCCUCUGUCCUCCAUCCUUCUCCCAGGAUGGUGAAGGGGGACCUGGUACCCAGUGAUCCCCACCCCGGGAUCCUAAAUCAUGACUUACCUGCCAAUAAAAACUCAUUGGAAAAGUGA